AUGCCAUAUCUCAACUUCGCAGAGCGCAUCUCACAGGUGUACUUGAAUAAGUAUACGCUUGCGCUCGUUCUAGUGACAAUAAAAGUGUACCUCUUUCAGAAAACACUAGUAGCAGCCGUCAGAAAUAUUCCAGACUUCUCCGAUUGCUCAGUAGAUGAACUCCCGACUAAGGUAUCUGUCAUGAUCCGGAAUAUGGUUGAAAACAAUCUAAACAGUUUCACCUACAGCACACUAGCUCUUCUACAUGUGGCUGCGAAAAGUAUACUCAAUCUAAUUUGGUUUGCAGUAGAAAUGUUGCUAGGAACAUAUACGUGUCUAUUCAAGGCAGCAAUUGUGGGUACUUCCGAUUUUGCUGCCGAUACCUCGGAAAUGGUUGUCAAGGGUCUUAAUACCACAAUAGUCGAAAUCACCCAUGAUAUCCAGCUGGGGCUCGAUGGACUUUCAUCCAUACUUAAUAAAGUUGUUUCCACCGCCAGCAAAGUAGCAGAUUUCUUCACUGGAAACAAUAAUCUGGACUCGCCGGAUCAGUACCAGAAGUCUAUUUCGCUCUCCCUUGGAAAACUCACCAAUCUUUCCAUCCCAUCCAGCGUACUUGGAGAAAUCAAUAAAAUCAGGAUAGAUCCUGACUUCAGCUCUGUAGAAAAUAGUACAAAGAAGCUCAUCGAGGAACCAUUCACGUCACUCACAAAUCAAUGGAACCAGAAUGAGACAUUAUCUCUAGGCGGUGUCAAAUUUCCUUUAUUGCAACCUCUUCUGGUAUGUGAUAUCGGUUCUAAGAGCAUUCAGGAAUUGUCGCACAAUUUGUCCACUUCUGUUGAAAUGGCUGCGAAAAUUGUAAUAAUCAUUCUUGCAAUAUGUGCAGUUUUAGUUAUGGUUCCAUUGAUUUAUGAUGAAUGGAGAAAGUGGAAUAGAGAAGAAAGAAUAAUCGGAAACUUGGUCAACCAGAACACUCAUUACUAUUUCGACUUGAGAGAAGCGUUCAGCAAUCUCCUCCACCCUUACUUGCGCUUUUUGCCUAAGUCGUGGCUAUCUACAUAUGUUUUCUCCAACUACUCCAUUUCUUUUUUAUUAGUGGGACUUUUGGGUUUGUUUGUUGUAUUUCUACAGUACAUUAUACUAAGGAUACUUAUCAAAAAAGCGAAGGGUACUGACAUAGAUACCUCCCAGAUGACAAAAGAGUUGCUGAACAUGACAUCAGUAUACCUCUCUCAAAUAGAUAGUUACUUCCAGAAGCAAGAAGAUAACAUCAACGACAAACUCUUUGGCUCCGUUAAACUGACAUCGUCCAAGAUCAACUCAACCCUCCACGAAUUCAUGUCUACUUUGAACGAUACUGUAAACUCGAUUUUCAGCAAUACUCCUUUUUCUGGACCUGUAAAUACCAUUGUAUACUGCACUAUUGGCAGAAAAAUCGACAAAGUGGAAUCUGGUUUAACUUGGAUUAACGAUAAUCUUUCUGUUAAGAUCCCAAAUAUCAACAAGAAACAGUUGCUGGACAAUUUGAAAUCAGUAAUUUCCGAGUCCGACCUGUCCGCCGGAAGUGUGUUUGCCAAAGGUGUACAGAAGACUAUUGCCAUGUAUAAGCUGAACUUGUUCUUAGAGUUCGUGAUAAGUAUAUCUCUAGUAGGAGUAUGGGUGAUGCAGCUACUUAUUGGCGUGAUCAUCGCUGUAACUAAGUCUCACCUCAAGAGGAGAAGACUAGGGCUGCUAACCCUGCUGCUUGAUAAGACGAGAAUUAGCAGUCCUAAGGAGCUAACGAAAGAAGAGAAGCUUCAAUAUGGAUAU